CCAGUAAACACUCAGCUCCCUUCAAUUGCCCAGACUUCGCCCUGCAAGGGAUUAUGGAAUUGUUAAAAGAAGAUGAUUUUAACUAGAAUUAAGACUAUUUCUAAAGUACUUUUCUCAUUUUUCCAGGAAGGGACUUCUGCCACGGAGAAUCUCAAUGAAAUGCAGUGCAUGUGGUUCCAGACCGAAUGUGCUUUGGCUUUUCAAAGACUAGGAAAAUAUGGGGAAGCUUUGAAACAGUGCCACGAAAUUGAGAGGCACUUCUUUGAGAUCACCGAUGACCAGUUUGACUUCCACACGUAUUGUAUGAGGAAGAUGACCUUGCGUGCCUACGUCGAUCUCUUGAGGUUAGAAGACGUGCUAAGAAAACACGCUUUUUAUUUCAAGGCGGCGCGAUCAGCCAUAGAAAUUUACUUGAAUCUGCACGACAACCCCUUGGCCAGCGAGAACAAAGAGCAAGAAGUGAACUCAGAAAACCUUUCUGCCAAAGAACUGAAGAAAAUGCUCAGCAAGCAACGGCGGGCGCAGAAGAAAGCGAAACUGGAAGAGGAGAAGAAGCACGCGGAACGAGAGCGGCAGCAGAAGAGUCAGAAGAAGAAACGAGACGAAGAGGAGGAGGAGACCAGCGGCCUGAAGGAAGAGUUAGUUCCUGAGAAACUGGAAAGGGUAAAAAAAACCCUCCACUUUUGUUUAAUUCUAAGCUGCUGAGAUUGUUCGUUCUGCACCGUCUCUCCUGGAGACGAAGCGGGAGAUAAAUCUUAACGCAUAAAAAAACUAAUUAGAGGCACUCCUCAAUUUACAACAGUUCAUUUAGUGACCAAACUGAGUGGUGCGGUGGCCUAGAGGUGGAGCGCUCACCUCACAAUCAGGAGGCUGUGAGUUCGAUCCUAGGUAGAGGCAGUGUUCUGUCCCCGUCCCCACUUCACGGAGCAAACACAAAGACGCGUGUCUCCCAGUCUUUUUAUUUGCUACAGACCUGAUUUUCUUCAAUUGAGGAAAUACUUGGCAGUGACCGUGCAAAGGCCUGCCAAGUUCUGAGUCCGUUAUCUCGUAUCCAAGGUCCGUUGCCAAAACUCACUGACAAAGUCUGUUAACCCUCCAACAACUGAGCUGCAGUGCACCCUUGGUAGCUUUUUUGUCCGUCACAAGGGCCACAUGGCAGCUCCACCCACUUUUAUACCCUGUGGGGUGUGGCUCAGUGACUCAGCAAUCUCUGAGCCUGCCACACCUCUUCCUCUGUUGCACACGCUUAUCUUUACGUCGCUGCCUCGGAUCAAUCCAGGAUUGAUCGUCAGCAGCUGGGACUUGAGGCGUUGCCAGGGAGGAGGAGAGUGCGGGAGUGGGAGGCCUUGUCAGCUCCUCCUCCUGG